AUGGGAAUCCCUCGCUCUCGAGUCGGAUGCUGGCACGGUGGCGGGCGAGAGUGCCGCUCGGAGACUUCGGAGUCAGUGCUCGCAGAAGACGAAGAGAGGACGCGGCCGUUGCUGCUGGUGACCGCGCUGGACGUGGAGCCGGGGCGCGUGCUCUCACAGCUCGCGGCCGCCCAGCCGCUGGAGCAGUUCAUCGGCGCGAAGCAACAGGAGCUGAGGGUGAUCAACUGUGGGAGAUGGCAAGCGCAGAGCGGGACCUUGCUGCAGAGCAUCCAAGACGCGUAUAAGCGCGGCAGGUGGUUGCUCAUCGAGCACAUCCACCUGGUGCCAAAUUGGCUGCCCCAAUUGGAUGCCCUCUUGGCAACGAUCCUGGAGGAUGGUCCGGACUUCUUUGACCGCUCGCAGGGAUCGGCCUUGCCAGGCUUCCGGCUUUUCCUCUCCGUGCCCUCCGAGACGGUCUCCCACGCGAUUCCAGCCGCCUUGGUCCUCAAGUGCGUGCGGGUGGCCUGGGAGCUGCCGCGUGGAUCCAAGGCUCUUCUUCAGCGCGCAGGCGCCAUCAGCAAAGCAAAGGAAACGAAAGGAGCCAAG